CAUUACCAGUAUUGGUAGCAGCAAUAUAAUGACCAGCCUAAUAACGGGAGCCAAUUCACCGGCUGGCCCCAGUUGUUCAUCGCCCUCAACACCCAUUAAAUCUGGCCCCAAUCCCAUGGAACAAAUCAUGGCACACACACCACAGGGUGGACCACCACCCAUGUACACAGCCGGUGGUGGUUAUGGUGAGGAACUUACCGCCGAAUUGGUAAAUCAGGGAUGGCGUAAAUUUUGGUCAAAACGUGAAAAUCGUCCAUACUAUUGGAAUAAAAUCACAGGAGAAUCUCUGUGGGAAAUGCCUGGUGCACGUCCCUUUGAUCCUCUCACCGAUCCGCUGGGUAUAUCACAUGGUGGUCAAAUGCCACCAAUGCAUCAGCCCCAUCCCCAUCCUCACAUGCAACAACAGCUACCGCCAGGUCAUCACCAGCAACAUCAUAACCUAAAGCGGCGACCCUCAGAUGACAUGCACAUGCACGGUCAUGGCCAUCAACAGCCACCUAUGAAAAAGUUUGUCUUGGCUGGUCCCUGGGACUUGGAAGUUUGCACAAAUGCCGUCAUUGUGGAGCGACCACCGACGUUAUUGCCCCAACCCCAUCCCGAGAUAGAAGCGCUGCGCGCCGCCUACACCAUGAAAUUGGUAAAAACCUACGAAGAUCUCUGUAUGCGUAGAGAAAACAUAAAAGCACCCAAGGAUUCCUUCAAUCGUUGGCUAAUGGAACGCAAGGUCAUCGAUACGGGCUGUGAUCCCCUGCUACCGAGUAAUUGUGUACCCGAAAUAUCACCAUCUAUGUAUCGUGAAAUUAUGACCGACAUUCCCAUAAAAAUUGUCAAACCGAAAUUUACGGGAGAUGCGCGAAAACAGUUGUCCCGCUACGCGGAGGCGGCCAAGAAUAUCAUUGAAUCGCGUUCCGCACCGGCGGAAUCGAAAAAGGUUGUCAAAUGGAAUGUUGAGGACACCUUCCAAUGGCUGAGACGCACCGUUGGAGCCAGCUAUGAAGAUUUUCAAGAUCGUUUGGCUCAUCUAAGGCGGCAGUGUGAACCCCAUUUAACCGAAACGGUUAAGGGAUCCGUAGAGGCACUGUGUGCCAAAAUAUAUCAUCUAUCGGCGGAACAUGCCCGCAAGAUACGCGAAAGACAUUUAGCCCUAUUGAAAGAGCAUGGUAUACCCGAGCCGACACCACCUCCGCCACCACCACAUCUCAAAAAGGUGUGGUGUUACCCGAUACAAUUUGCCGUACCCUCACCCCGAAUGCCGGCCAUUGAAUAUGUUCAAGAUCGCGAUCACAUGAUUAUUAAAUAUACCCCGACGACGCUAAAUCAACCCGAUGCUCAAUAUAUCAAUUUGACUCAUUUGCAAAAGUUGGAACAGCUUUAUCGUUACAACUGUUUCGAUGAUAAGAAAUUCGAUUUAUUCAUAGGACGGGUUUGGUGCUUGCUUAAAAGGUAUCAAACAUUUUUGGGAAAUGUUCUCAAUUCAUCGCAAGAAGCUGAACUGACACAGGCCUCUUUGCCCACACCGGUAUUUGAGUGUUUGCAUCGUCAUUUCGGCGUGACAUUUGAGUGUUUCGCCUCACCGUUCAAUUCGUAUUUUCGUCAAUAUUGUUCGGCAUUUGCUGAUACAGAUGCGUAUUUUGGUUCGAGAGGACCCUUCCUUGAUUUCAAACCGGUUUCGGGUUCAUUUCAAGUUAAUCCUCCACAUUGUGAGGAAUUAAUUGAUGCUGCUCUCCAGCAUGUGGAUAAAUUAUUAUCCGAAUCUAUGGAACCAUUAAGCUUUAUUAUUUUCCUACCCGAAUGGAAGAGUAUCGCCAAAUUAGAGGAGAACAUCUAUAAACGUCGUUCAAUGGUAGUUUUGGGCAUGGCCCAUGAAUAUCGUCAUGGUUAUCAGCAUAUAAUACCAAAAACCGAUGUCAAUGUCAAAUGUAUGCAGGGCACCCAGGUCGUUUGGCUACAAAACAGUGCCGGUCAUGCCCGCUGGGGACCCAAUGAGAAUCGUGUUGAAGCGUUGCGUGAAGCAUUCCGGCCACAACGCGAUCGAGAGCGAGAACGUGAGCGACAACAAAAAGCCGAAAAUGCAGCCAAUUCGUCGUCCUCAGCAUCAACAUCAUCAUCCACACAGCCCUCAACAUCGUCUCAGGGAUCAUCAUCCUCCAACAGCAAUAAUCUGUCAUUAUCAUCAUCCGGUUUGGGCGGUGCCCACUCCUCUUCAUCUUCCAGUUUAACAUCAAGCGGCGGCUCAACACCACAACAUCAACAAAUCUAUACGACAAGCAAUACCACAACUAUGGGCUUCUCACCCUCACCGCACAGCACCUUGUCGAAUAGUAGUGCAACAACACCCACAUGUAUGGCUUCACCAUCGGGUGCAUCCACUUCAAGUGGCAUCUCAUCGAUUAGUAGCAGUUAUGGUGGUGGUGCGGGUAUGUCACCCUCUCACCUAUCACCGCAUACACCACCAUCUAAUUAUCAUGCCUCGGCGGCUUCGCCAGCUUUAAGUUUACAAAGUGAUUGUUCGUCGCCAACAUCAUCGACAUCGCUAUCGCCUGCACCACUUAUGGAACAUUCGUCGUCCAGCACCACAACAUCGGCAAAUGUUUCAAUUACCGCAACGGCAGCGGCUACAUCUAUGUCGGGUACAUCGGCGGCAGCAGCUGCUGCCUUUGCAUCGCUUGUCAGCGGAAAUUCGGGAAAUUCAGCGGGAGUAACAACUGCAGCACCACCUGGUGCCAUAACAACAACAGCGGCGCAAUCGGUUAUCAAUUCAGCAGUUUAA